GAGAUUAUUAAGUAAUUAUUUGCAUUGUCUCUGACCAGACCAUUAUGAUGAUACCAUAUCAAUUGAAUCACUUCAUUACAACUAACUAUCUUCCAUAUCUUGUACUAAAGUAUACUGUUUACUGGUAACAUAAAUUUAAUUUACCGUAAUUCGCACGACCAUUAAAAUCCAUCUCUCCCUUCUCACUCUGUCUCUUCUCACACUAUAAUUUUUUUUUUUCAAUUUUUCAUCUUUAAACUAUUUCUAUAAUCAAUUAAGUUAUAGAUCAUAUAGAUAUUAACCAUUCCAAUCAUCAUGGCAUCUUCAUCAGCAUCAGACUCAGCCACCGAUAAGGCUGCCUUACCAUUCACCGAACAACAUUACUUUUCAUCGUAUGAUCAUUUUGGUAUUCAUGAAGAAAUGUUAAAGGAUACUACUCGUACUUUAAGUUAUAGAUCUGCUAUGUAUAAGAAUAAAGAAUUAUUUAAAAACAAAGUGGUAUUGGAUGUUGGUUGUGGUACUGGUAUUCUUUCUAUGUUUGCUGCCAAAUCUGGUGCCAAACAUGUUUAUUCUGUUGAUAUGUCUAAUAUUAUUGAUAAAGCUAAAGAAAUUAUUAAUUUAAAUGGAUUUGAAGAUAAAAUUACUUUAAUUCAAGGUAAAUUAGAAGAUAUUACUUUACCGGUUGAUACUGUUGAUAUCAUUGUUUCAGAAUGGAUGGGUUAUUUCCUUUUAUAUGAAUCAAUGUUAGAUACUGUAUUAUAUGCUAGAGAUAAAUAUUUAGCUAAAGAUGGGUUAAUCUUACCUGAUAAAUGUGCUAUGUAUAUUGCUGGUAUUGAAGAUGGUCAAUAUAAAGAUGAAAAAAUCCAUUAUUGGGAAGAUGUUUAUGGAUUUGAUUAUUCUCCAUUCAUUAAUGUUGCUAUGGUUGAACCAUUGGUUGAUACUGUUGAUAAUAAUUCCUUAAUUACUACUCCUCAUAAAUUUUUUGAAUUUGAUAUUAAUACCGUUACUAAAGAACAAUUAGCUUUCCAUAGUAAAUUCGAAUUAGAAGCCAUUGAUACUGAUUUAUGUCAUGCUUAUGUUGUUUAUUGGGAUGCUAUCUUCCCUGGUAAAGAAAAAGUUGUCUUGCCAACUGGUCCAAUGAAUCAUUAUACUCAUUGGAAACAAACUGUAUUUUAUAUGGAUCAAGUGUUAGAUCUUAAAAAGGGGGAUAAGAUUGAAGGUAGUAUUGCUUCCAGACCAAAUGCCACCAAUCCAAGAGAAUUAGACAUUGAAAUCGAAUGGGGAGUUAAAACCACUGGUAAAGAUAAAACCAGAGAAGUAAAUGGUAAAUAUAAUUAUUUCAUGCGUUAGAUACAAUUCAUUCCUUCAUUCAUUUACAAAUUAUAUGGCAUUUAGUAUAUUCUAGCUUUCUCCUUUCUUCAUACUUCCUUUUCUCCAACUUCUUCUUCUUUUUAUUAUGUUUUUCUUCUUACUAUGUAUUAAUAUGUCUUGAAAGUAGAAUAUAAAUUUAAUAUAGCAUUUCAAU